GAUUGUGUUCCUCAGCAGUACGGCGUUAGAUGUGAACAGGACUGCUCCACGAAAUGUCAAGACCGACUGUGUGAGAAAGUCAACGGGAACUGUUAUAAUUGUGUUCCUCAGAAGUACGGCAUUAAUUGUGACCUUAAUUGCUCAACAAAUUGCCUGAAUAUUCAAUGUGAGAAGGACAAUGGGGAAUGUUAUGGUUGUACUAGAGGAUUUUACGGUACAAACUGUUCUAUGACGUGCAAUACCAGUUGUGCUAAGUGUGAUCAGCUGAGCGGGGAAUGCACCGAAUGUAAGGCGGGUUUAUACGGAACGAAAUGCAACAUUGACAUGUGGACAUUGCAGCAUUUGUACAAAGGAAUCCGGUAUAUGUGUGACCGAAUGUGAUCCUGGUUACCAAGGGGAUUUCUGUAAUACAAGACAAGCCCAAAUGUCUGGAAGUCCACCACCAACAGUUGACGCGGGGCCAAUAGUAGGAGGUAUUGUAGGGGUGAUUGUUGUCGCUGUCAUCGCUAUUGUUGUUGUCAUCCUUAUCAGAAGAGGUCGCUUGAGUGCCGGUAAACAGGAUUCCUUUACUGAUAUCGGUCGUUCCAAUGUACACAAGAAGAACGUAUACAGCGAACCAUCAGGAACAGAACACCUGUCUGUCAAAUCUGAGACGGCAGCGAAAAACAUCUACAGUAAUACAUCAGAUCCAGACGGACAACCCGAGAACUCCGCCAAUGUGUAUGUAAACACUGAGCAGGUUGCCAGACAAUCCGGAGCUGGUGAUAGCGUCUACUAUAAUUCCGGUCCUGUUGGAUUUCCUGUCUCCAGCCUCAAAUCUCUCGUUCAAACAAAAAUGAAAAACAAGGCGAAGGCUUUCGAGAACGAAUACAAGUCUAUACCGUCUGGAGAUUUACACGACCAUAAAGUUGGAAUGUUACAACAAAACAAGGCAAAGAACAGAUUUAAAACCACGUUUCCCUACGACCAUUCCCGUGUGAUUCUUGAUAAAGUUGGAAAAGACCCACACUCCGAUUACAUCAAUGCCAACUACAUCGAUAGUGUUACAAAAACUGCGGAAUACAUAGCAACCCAAGGACCGAGGCCUGGCACUGUGAAUGAUUUCUGGCGGAUGAUAUGGCAGCUGCAGACCGGCCAAAUUGUCAUGUUGACAAAUCUCAUAGAAAGCGGAAGGCCGAAGUGCGACAAGUAUUGGCCAGAGGAGGGAGAACCAUUGACCACUACUAAUUUCAACAUUAUCCUGGACAGGGAAAGAUCAUAUGCCUUCUACGUCAUCCGUGAUCUUACAGUCACUGAAAAGAAGACGAGGUCAGUACGUCAGAUACAUCAGUUCCACUACACCACGUGGCCCGACCACGGGACUCCAGACCCAAACGAACUCGUUGUCUUCCACCGCCGUGUGAUGAACUACGGUACUGUCUUGAAAGGGAAAAUGGUUGUUCAUUGCAGUGCUGGCAUAGGCAGAACAGGAACAUUCAUUGCCCUAGACGCUCUUUUGGAAUACGGGAAGGAGUGUGGUAGAAUUGACGUAAUGCAAUACAUAAAAACCAUGCGGAAGGAUAGGAUCAAUAUGGUUCAAACUGCUGAACAAUACAUAGCUAUACACCAGCUCCUUAUAGAAGCCUUUGAAAUGCCAGACACACUGAUUCCGAGAAUGAAGUAUCAUGCAGCACUUACUUCUGGCUCCAAUGGCGGCCCAACGAACCAAACAAAGCUCAGGAAGGAAUACCAGCUGAUACAAAAUAUGAAACCAGCUUACGAUGAGACAAGCUACAGAACCGCCCUACUGCCAUCUAACACGAUGAAGAACAAGACCUUAUCUGUCGUUGCAGUUGACACGUUCAGGGCGUACCUUCGAUCAUAUGCUGACUGUAGAACGGACUACAUUAAUGCCGUGUCAGUGCCAUCCUAUACAUCCAAAACUGGGUACAUCGUCACACAGACUCCUCUUGAGGAUACCGUGGUGGAUCUGUUGACGAUGAUAAUGGACCACAGCUGUCAAACAAUUGUCAUCAUUGAGCCGGACGACAUUGACUGGCUUCCAGGGGCAGGUGAAUAUAAAUUCAUCGGGAAUUUUACGUUGGAACACAAAGGAAAGUUUUCAACAAUAGCAAAUGUCGUAUUGCUAGAAAUCGCAAUAGAAAACGCGGAAAAGAGCUUCAAUGCCACUGUUAAAGUGUUUCAUAUGACUGGAUGGGGUAGAGAAUCAUCAGUCCCAAAGGAUUCGUCAAUGUUGCUUCACCUGCUGGAACUUAUUGACAGCAGACGCAAAUCCGACGAUACCAAGACAACAAUAGUCAUGUGUCGUGAUGGCUAUUCCCAGAGUGGGCUGUUCUGUUGUAUCAGUAAUGCCCGAGACCAAAUGAAGAGUGACGAAGAAGUAGAUAUCUUUCAGAUUUCACGUCAGCUGCUUGUGCGACGUCCAGCAUUUGUGAUUAAUUUUGACCAGUACCAAUACUGCUACAACAUAAUAAAAGACUAUCUUGAUACCACCGACGUAUACAUGAACUGAUUAAUGAGUACCUGGAUACCACUGACGUGUACGUGAACUGAUUAAUGAGUACCUGGAUACCACCGACGUGUACAUGAACUGAUUAAUGAAUACCUGGAUACCACCGACGUAUACAUGAACUGUUUAAUGAGUACCUGUAUACCACCGACGUAUACAUGAACUUAUUAAUGAGUACCUGGAUACAACCGACGUGUACAUGGAAUGAUUAAUAAGUACCUAGAUAUUACCGACGUGUACAUGAACUGAUUAAUGAGUACCACCUGGAUACCACCGACAUGUACAUGAACUAAUUAAUGAGUACCUGGAUACCGCCGACAUGUACAUGAACUAAUCAAUAAGUACCUGGAUACCACCGACGUACACAUGAACUGAUUAGUAAGUACCAGGAUUUUUACCGACGUACACAUGAACUGAUCAAUGAAUCCCCUAAUACCAUUGACGUGUACAUGAACUGAUUAAUGAAUCCCCUGAUACCAUUGACGUGUACAUGAACUGAUUAAUGCGUACCUGGAUACCAUGGACAUGUACUUAUACAGAUUAAUAAGUACCUGGAUACCACGAACGUGUACAUGAACUGAUUAAUGAGUACCUGGAAACCACUAACGUGUACAUCAACUGAUUAAUCAUUACCUGGAUACCACUGACAUGUACAUCAACUGAUCAAUGAGUACCUGGAUACCAUCGCCGUGUACUUGAAAACAUGUAUUUUAAACCGAGUAUAAGUUCUUAAAUGUACCGCUUUCGCUUUAAUAGUUUACCGAAGACUCAUACUCUAGAAUUGUUUCCGUAGUAAACAGUGAUAUGUUACAGCUAUACUAAGUUUUAACAAUGAAGUGAAAAUGCUGAAUCAUCCAAGGAAACUAUUUUUAUAUACUUUAGCUUACUUUGGCGACUGUUACACUUUAUCCUGUAAAUAUCUAAAUCCUUCUAUUUGUUAACAUUUUUGUCAAGGACGCGACGACAACCAAUCUAAGUUCACAUAUACAUUGUUUUAGCCAUUAAUUAGCAUGCAUCUUCACUCCUAACGUUAGGAAGUAAUUGUGCUGUUAGUUAUACAGAGGAACAUUUAACUCAGUCAUGUUUUCAAUCAGAUGACAAAAUAUUGCUCAUAAAACCUUAAGCCAAUAACAUUUUUAUAGAAUUAUUAACACAACUGAUGUUUGACAUAUCACUUUUUGUCAGUGUCUGUAAUUUGCUGCUCUCAGUUCGACGUUUCUAUUACUAUAUUUUAAUAGAUAUUUAAUCUUAAGCACAUUUAUUUUAUUUUACGUUUCAUAAUUUUUUUGUGUGAAUUUGAAGCAUAUUUUACAAUUUUACAUUGCUUUAAAUAGAAUGAAGGGUUAUUGCAGCAUACUUGUACAUUUUUAUCAGAAUUAAAUGAAAGGUGCUGACCGGUUUUUCAUCAAGUUUACCCUGAGCGAUACUGCAUUUCAGGUUUUAAGCCAAGUAGAAUGGCCUCAUAUCUUAUUAUACAAAUAUAAACGGUGACCCUUUUUAUAAGGUAAAUCACUACGAAUAAUCAUGUUCUACUUUCGCUAAAUAUACGUUUUAUAUCACUACUCUCACUGGAGUAAGAACUACGUUUUUCCGAUACUUUUAUAUUUCCAUGUCGAUAACCCUGCUUUUACUUGCUACAUCGAUUUACAAUGCAUAUACAUCCAUUUUCUUUAUUGUAAAUUGCUGAAUAUCAUAUUUGAUUUUUUAAUUUUUCUUUUCUUUUUAUUUCCAACCAUACGUAUACGUCAAAACAGUGUUAUAAGAAUGUAUUUGUUAAUUCACAUAAGUGUUAGACCAAGGAAAAAAAUCAUGUUGUCAUAUUAAAAAAAACCUGAACAUCAAUUACUUCUAAUUGUUAUAACGGUGUGUUCAACACUCAAAUGAUUUCUUUCAUUCUCCAACAUCAAGUUUAAUUUUCAGAACUAUAGGAUCAAUUACUUCUAAUUGUUAUAACGGUUUGUUCAACAUUCAAAUGAUUUUUUUCAUUCUCCAACAUCAAGUUUAAUUUUCAGAACUACAUGAUCUGUAGCCCUCAGAAUGUGCGUGGCAACUCGCCAGUAAAUGUGCAUCAAUGGUAUGAACAUCAAUGAUGUAAUGAAUUUCUUUUAUAUGUUUUAAUAAAUUGGAGUAUCCCCUCUUACUUGUAAUACUGGAUACCAUUGCAUACAUGUCAAUGCUAAUUUUGUUGUAAUAAUUUGGAAGGAUUUACAUAGGCUUUGUCUGAUGUCAACCAUUUGAUGUAUUGAAAAACAAUAGAAGAUUGUUAAAAUUAAACUGAUGCUAACACGAUAACUGACAAGCAUUUGAUCAAUUAAUAUUCUACACAAAGACCAACAGGAAAUUGCACUGAUUAUUCACCUCAAAAACCGAUUGGCUUAUUAGAAUAUUGAUAUUUGUUAUUGAAGAAGUCUCAAGUGCCCAAUUUGAAUAGCAUUUUGUCCGUUGUCAAGUGUCGUGCGUCAUCAGUUCGUAAACAAGUUACCUCUUCUACCUCUCUAAGAAACAAUGAAACGAUUUCUCAACGAAA